AUGAAUCUGAAAACUUAUCGCUCGGCUGGUUCUAUUGAAGCUGAUGAGUUGACCCCUGAGGAGAAGAAGGAUGUCACCUUCCACAAGGACAUCUGGACUGCAGAUUCCUGUCAUAAGCCAUCGGGUACCCACCUGGAAGAUGAGGAUCCAGCGGAUCUCUCACUCGAACGAGAUCCCGAUUUAGUGUGGAUCACCGUUCCAGCACACUUUAAUAUCGAUAAUCAAUACAUCACUUACAGUAAUGAGAUGCAAACCCACAGUAUCUAUGCUGCCGUCGGAAUCAAGGUCCGUUUGCCACCUGCUAAGAACAGAUCGCCUAUUGGUGGGCUAAACUCACACAACAAGCGACGAAGAGAAGAUUAG